UCUGUAAACAAGAAAUCCAAGCUUGUUUUCUGGUUCAAAAAUUAAACAGAAACCACUUAAAAAUAGAUAAUUACAAAGAAAAAAUUUGUUACACCGUUGAAAAAUCAUUCCCAUCUCAUCUUCCCCACAAAAUCCCCUUUCUCGAUUAAAACCAUUUUUCUCGAAUUUUUCUCCAUAGAUUCAAACAAGAACAAGAAAAAAGAACUCAAUUGAAGCAGAAAUUGAAUGGCGAAAGGAGGAGCUCAAAAGAAGGAUGUGGCGGUGGCGAUCGACAAAGACAAAUGCAGUCAAAACGCUUUGAAAUGGACAAUCGAACGCCUUCUGAGCAAAGGCCAAAUGGUUACUCUGCUUCAUGUUAAACAGAAACCGUCUUCUUCAGCGCAACCGAUGACGAAUCUGAGUGCGGAUUUGGAUCUGGAUGAAGCGGCUUUGAAUAAACAGCAGACUGAUAAUCAUGCUAGAGAUCAGUUCUUCCUUCCCUUUCGUUGCAUUUGCACAAGAAGCAAUGUCAGUUUCUCUCCAUCGCCCUCAAACUAUAUAUAA